CAAGUGCUUCCGGUAUCAGGCAGUGACGCUAUGGUAAACAGAUCUUGUAGCCGUGGCAGCAGCCGAGGGGAGCGAGUUACGCACGGAGUGCUGGUAACUGGAGGAAGAAGCUGCCUGCCAACGUCACCCUUGGCCGCAGAGCGCGGGCAGUGACGUUGUACCUGUGUCCAUGCUGCCUUCUCUGCUUGGAAUGCCUUUCCCUGGCCUCCUUACUUGCUGAACUAUGUGCUCCUCCAGGGCGGGCACCAUGUUGCAUUCAGCUCUGUACCCCCAGCAUCUAGCAGUCUUGGCAUGUAGUAGGCACUCAAGAAAUGUGUGUUGAAUGAACGAUGCCUGUGACAAGCAACUGGACUUUAUUCUUUCCUGACCCUUGCUCCUAUGGCACACCUCUUCUGCCACUGUCACCCCUUCAGAACAGAACUUCUCUAGGGAACCUGGAAGGGAAACAGCUAUGGCCAAGGACAUCCUGGGUGAAGCAGGGCUGCACUUUGAUGAGCUGAACAAGUUGCGGGUGUUGGACCCUGAGGUAACCCAGCAGACCAUAGAGCUCAAGGAAGAGUGCAAGGAGUUUGUGGACAAAAUUGGCCAGUUUCAGAAAAUAGUUGGUGGUCUAAUUGAGCUUGUUGACCAACUUGCAAAAGAAGCAGAAAAUGAAAAAAUGAAGGCCAUUGGUGCUCGGAACUUGCUCAAAUCCAUAGCAAAGCAGAGAGAAGCCCAACAGCAGCAACUUCAAGCACUGAUAGCAGAAAAGAAAAUGCAGCUAGAAAGAAAUGAACUGAAAAUUUCAUUUAUACCAGGAAGGCAAAAAAGCCCCCAAACCAAAAAACCUCUGUACCAUUCCAGUGACUUGACUAAUGACCUACGUCAUGACAGUGUGCAAGGAACACAGCCCUCUGAAGGCAGUAAUGCAGUCCAGGGGUAGGACUGGAGUGAGUGAACAGCUACUGCCAGUGGCCAUGCUGGGCAGGUUCUCACCUCUUACAUUCUUAGUAGGAAUGAAGCAGCCUGUAAACUUUGAUCCUCUUUUUUGUAAACUUACAAAGCUUUGGGAAAAAAAAGCAAUAAACUAUUGUUUUCAAAUG